CAGGAGGCCUCGGGCCCAAUAAAUGAGGCACAGAAGCAAAGCUUCAACCAGGUCAUUUGAGCAAGGACAAGGGAUGCUGCAGAUCGGGCUGAGUUAUACCAGCCCCACUGCCCCCCCCCCAGAGCAGAUGUCCCUUUGGACAAAGAAAGGGCAAGGAAAACAGCAAACACCAUGAUGGGUGAGCUAAAGGAAGGCAACCUGGAGACCACACAAGAGACCACCGAUCUAUCUAAGGGCUCCUUGCAAAUCCCUUUGGUGGUUGCGAUGGACAUGGACGCAGCCUCCUGCUUACGUUGUAGCGAAUUUGUGGACCAGAACAAGAUGCCUAAGCUGAACGAGCAGCAGGACAGUCAGGAGCAGCUGCUUGGCAAGUCUAUGAAGGAGCUCAAAAAGCUGGGAAGGGAAGGGCGCUGGGCAGGAAGUCACUCUCUGAGGGCGCAGGCGUAUCAGCAUGUAAUCCAGCACAUACCGUGCCGGCUCAUGACCCCCGAUGCUGAAGUCUACAGGGAUGUUGCCAGCAAGCUGUUUGAAGCCCCGAGCGAGAGCUUCGACCCAUUACCUGAAUUCCUGGAAGGAAGCAUCAUGCCCGAAUACUGCCUCUCUGAAGAAGGGGUAACUGCAGUGAAAAGGAUACUCAUCUGCAUUUCCAGCCUGUACCCCGACAUCACCUACUGCCCCCUGCUUCCAGCUGUGACUGCCCUGAUACUCCAUUACAGCCAAGGCGAGGCCCAGUGCUUUGAGGACACUUGCCGGCUCCUCUACUGCAACGCCCCCCACACCUCCUACAUUGACCACUCCUUCCUCACCCACGAGGCUUCGUGUAUGACCUUUGGGGACCUGGCCAACAAACACUGCCCAGCUGCCCACCGCCUGAUAGCGAGCUCAUCGGACAACAUCUUUGAGGUGUAUUCCGACUGGCUGGUCUGGCUUUUCGACGGCCUCCCGUUCGAUUAUGUCAUCCACAUAUUCGAUGUGUACCUUCUGGAGGGGCAGAAAGUCCUCUACCGGAUCGCGCUGGCCCUGCUCAAGCAGUUCCAGCUGUCCGUGGCUUCGCAAGGCUUGGAGGUGGUGGAUAUCAAAGGGAGCUUGUGGGGUUUCAUGCGGGACAUUCGUGAGCACAUGACUACCGACAAGCUUCUGGAAAAGGCGUUCAGCAUCCGGCUUUUCUCCCGCAAAGAAAUCUGGCUCCUUCAAAUGGCUAACAGGAAGGCAUUGGUGGAGAAAGGAGUGACAGCAGUGCAGCACAGGCAACCGUUUCACCUCACUGUGAAUGCCCACAAUUUCUCUUCCACCAUUGUUACUGCUCAGGAAAUGCGUGUUGUCUGGUCCUGGAUCCCUGAACGAUUUUCUUUGUCCUCACCUAUCUGCAUAUUCUCAACUUUGGAAAAUGGAUACAGCUUGCAGAGGUUUUAUUCCUGCUGUGAAGGCUACGAACCAACGGUACUGCUGUUAAAAACCACACUGGGGGAAGUGUGUGGAGCAUUUCUGUCUUCCGACUGGAGCGAAAGGAAGAAAAGUGGGGGGACAUCAAGUUUCUUUGGCACAGGAGAAUGCUUUGUUUUCACAGUUCACCCAGAAAUGGAGCGAUAUGAGUGGGUGUUCAUCAAGAAGCCGGAACAAGCUAAAGCUCUGCCUCGAUCCCCACGCUCACGCUCACGCUCACGCUCUCCAUCACCCUUCUUUUCUGAGGGUCACUCAACAACCAGCUCAAACCACCUCACUGUGCCAGUGUUGGACAUGAUUAAAUACCGCCUCUCUCCAUUCCUGGCAGUUCGACACUUCAAGCUGCCUUCCAAAACAGCCUCCAUGUUCAUGUGUGGAACUCAGAAAGAGAUCGUCAUAGGUGGUGGAGGAGGCCAAGCUCUGUUUAUUGAUGCUGAUCUGCAUCAUGGGAGAACGGAGCACUGCGAAACAUUUGACAACCCUCCUCUCUGCCAAGAAAACUUCCAGGUGCAGCUUCUAGAAGUCUGGGGCUUUCAAAACUCCUGAUAGUGCCAAUGAGAUGCAAUAUUCCGGGCUGACAUUCCUCUCCACAUGACAACUGGUAGUGAAAGAAAUGACACAAGGUGGUAUCUGGAGAUGUCAGAAGCAGAACAUUUUUACACAUUUUGGAAACUGUCCACCAAUGCAAAACUUUUGGCACUAGACUUUCUAGUGAACAAUACGAACAAAGGGAAAUAGUCUCAACCAACUAAAUAAGAUGGGGGGAAAUGGGAUAAAAAUGUGAAUAAACUGAUGUAGUAGCUAUAGUAUAUGAAAAGUAUUUUAAUAAGAUGGAAUACCAGCUAAAACAGGGGUCGGCAACCUAAGGCUCAUGGGCCACAAGGGGCCCACAGGGGUCGUUUAACCGGCCCACAAGCUGCCCCCAAACAGAGCUGCCUGCUUGGCAAGCCCCCGCGCGCUAAACCGGCACAGUGUGGUGACUCGCUUCUGCGGCGCCAAAAAUCAUGUCAGCACAUGCAGAGACACUGAAAAUCGCAGGCGCAUGCACUAUCCUCGGAGGGAUCUUCACUGGAGUGAACUAGCCCAGGCAAGGUAAACCUUGCCAACCACUGAGCUAAAACCAAUGUAUGUCUCUAAGGCUUUCUGGUGAUAAUAAAAAAGAUAUUAUUUUACCACAGGGAUGAGAAACCUGUUGUUGGACUCCAUCUCCUACCAGCCCUGAGUCCUGACCAUUGGCCAUGUUGUUAGGGCUGAUGGGAGUUGGGAGGCCACAUCCUCCCAACCUCUGCUUUUGUCAUUUGCUCUGAAAACUGUUCUACUUAGAUGUUUGAAAGGUUUCAUUUUAAUGAAGAUACAGAAGCGGUCACAUUCUGCUUACUUUUAUUAGACAAACUGAAUGGAAAUUUCCAAGAACUCCUUUUAUAUUGGAUUGUUUGGGGCAAACAUAAAUGGUAGCUUAAUAAUAAUAAUAAUAAUGUCAUAUACUAGAGCAGAAGAACAGCAGUUUUUUUGUUUUUGUUUUAUAAAAAAACUGAGUGUAUAAAUCAUUGAAAUAAUAAAUUCUAAGGUAAUGUAUAUCAAUCUUAUCUUUUUGCCUGUAGGGUGCAUAUUCCUUCAGGUAUCUUUAUUCUUUGAAA